AUGAUGAUGAUAUGUGGUGGUGGUGAUAUCGCCGUCGUCGAUUGUGAUGAUGAUGAUGAUGAGACAACCCCGGCUGCAUUCUUGCGACGCAUCGAAACGCCGUGCGCGUACACCGCGAUGCGAUGCGAGUUUAUGAAUAACAACGGCGAAAAAGGUACCGUCGCGAUAGAAAGAAUCGAUUUCCACGCGAAGAGAGUAUUCGCGAGCUUAAGCGAGGAGAAACGAACCGGGUGUUUGUUCGAAAACCAUUGGCAAAAGUGCAGAGACGCUCUGGAAAAGGUGACGAGGACUGCUUUUCUCAAACGCCAAAACGCGGGUUUUAAGAAAGGGAGGUACAUGGCGACGAUUGCAAUCGAAGACGAUCGAGACGAAAAGAAAAUGAACGUGCACGCGUUAUUGACGCCGUUAAUAACAACGCGUAAAGAUGAGAAAAAAGGAGACGAAGAGGUGACGGCGCUCGAUCGAUACGCGUUACUUCGAGGCGCGCCGAGAGAGCGACCGCACGCGAAGCACACGGAGUGGGUGAAAAAGAGGGAAGGGUUAGAGAUUGAGAGGAAUGAAUGGAACGCGAGAGAAGACGUAAAAGAAACGAGGCGGAAGAGGACGUUUGUGGAGUGCGUGUUGAGUAAACGAACAACGGGAAGCGGUAGCGCUCUUCAGGAGGAGGAUUUUCAGAUUUGCGAAGGAUUGACGACAAACGUGUUCGUAUUAAAACGGGAUGAUGCGCAUUCGAACGGCGGCAGCAGAGGUGGUUUGAUACUCCAAACGGCACCAGACGCGGACGUGUUACUCGGCGUCGCUCGUCGUGCCAUCUUGGACGCUUUUCCUUCUUCGAAAAACGAUUCCGAAGAAGACGAGAAUUGCAAAGACGCAAAAAUCCGUCUCUCCUUGACCCAUCCUCUCUGGUCCGAACGCGAGACGUGGAUCGCCUUAUUCACCGUCAACUGCGUCGUCGGCGCGAAACUCUACCACGGCAUCGUCAACUCGUACACGGGAGAGGAGGUGAACUUUCCACCUCUUCCAAUCAUCAAAGAAUCCGGAGUUGAAGGACGAGAAAAAGGACUCUCUUUCCUCUUCCGAACCGCUUUCUCUUCUUCCUCUCAAAAGUCCUCGUUCCCGUUCGACCUGUUCGAAUAA